GUUCCGCACGCUAGCUUCAAACGUUCACAUCGCCGCGCAACAGUGGCUAAAGUAUCGUGCUGGAGAUUUGCAGAAAAACAUUUCUUUUACAAAAGCCAUCGUCAAUUAUUUGUUAUACUAUAACAAACCAUUUUUAUUAUUGGCACUUGGUGAUGCCAGUUAAACAUGGCCAAACAUCAUCCGGAUUUGAUUUUUUGCCGCAAGCAGCCGGGCGUAGCGAUAGGACGGCUCUGCGAAAAGUGUGACGGCAAAUGCGUGAUUUGCGACUCCUACGUACGACCAUGCACGCUCGUCAGGAUAUGUGAUGAGUGUAACUAUGGCUCGUAUCAGGGACGCUGCGUCAUCUGUGGUGGACCUGGGGUUUCGGACGCGUACUAUUGCAAAGAAUGCACGGUGCUGGAGAAGGACCGAGAUGGCUGCCCCAAGAUCGUUAACUUGGGGUCAUCCAAGACCGAUCUCUUCUACGAACGCAAGAAGUAUGGCUUCAAGAAGAGAUGAUUGCUGUUGCAACUAAACAAUUACAAUAUUUUGGUCAGCAUCUGUUUUAUAUUCCAUUAUUUUCUAAGCUUAACUGCCGUCAUUAGUCACUUCGUUUAGAGAAUUAAUAAUUUUAUUCAUUUUCAGCUGUCAAGAGUCCCGUUAAGUAUUCGAUUAAUUAUGUGCAUUAAUUUACCUAACGUGCAUCGUCUUUUUCAAUAAAAUUUUUGGUCA